UGUUUAACGAGAGUAAUGAUGAGUGCACUUAUCAGACAUUGAUUACUUGACUGUUGUUGUCAUCAAUUGAUACCUGUUUUGACACUUCAGUGAUCAUAACAUUCAAUCACUUGCAACCCAUUUAUCAUAUCAUAGACUAUGUCUUCAAUACAGUCAUUUCAAGACUCAAAGUUUCAAAACUUUUAUCACGCCUUUAGUGAAGCGGUUAAAGACAACGAAAGUACGGCAAAUAUCGGCAAAAUCAUCGAAAUGUACUUCGGCUCCAAUACUAACCAAUUGGCCAAUAAUUGGAUAUUUUGUCAUCACUUACUUUUCACUUUCAUCGGCGAAUCGCUUGUUCCCGAAGAAUCUGUCAAUCGAUUUGCAAUUAACCAGCGAUUACUGGGCGAUCGGUCACAAUUGGUCCGUCAGUUUGUCCAUCAGUAUCCAGAGUAUCAGUUAAAUUUGAUACUCUUGUUGGCCAACAUUAAGAUCACUCUUCAGUUAACUGACGAUCUAUUUAAUGAACUGAUUAAAUGUCUUUACGAGAUGAGAGUCAUCUCACAACACGCUUAUAGACAUUGGUAUCUCUGUAACCGUGACUUCGAGGGUCGGGUGAAUGCAAUCAACAGUUGUCUCGAUUUACUUGACUUUAUUAAUGAGACCCGAAAAGAGAUUUUCUAUGAGAACUACAAACAAGACAUAGAGUGAUCUCUUAUAUAAUUACCAACUCUUCUUAACACAAAAAAUCCGUUUUAUAUAAAAUAAUAUUUUUAUACAUUCAAUGAUAAUAUCAUAUAUUCACUAAUUUUUACUUUUAAUUUAUAUAUAAUUGACAUUACUUUUGAUUACUUUUAUUGAU